CCAGCCAUCAUUGACGUCACCCAUGAUUCCAUCCAUCCGUCCUUUCAUGCAUGCGAUGCGCCGGUCCACCGGCCCUUGAUCAGGGCGUCUUCCAUAUGCACACGCCCUGAUCCAUCCAUGGACAAGUACGCAACAUCGAUCUGGCUUGUGUCUCUUGCAUACCAUUUGUCCGAGAUAGAAGUAGGCGUACAUUUGCUGCUCGUGAGUCACAUACGUCGAGAAGUUGCGCCCAACAACGACGUGCCAUGUCUUCUCAUAGUUUUCCUCAAAUGCCUUCUUGAUAUAGGUCGCCACAUCCUUCUCAGUGGCGCACACCUCCUGGGCUGCGUGCACAACCAAUGCCAUUCACAGGCCGUCUUCGUUGAAUCUUGUUACCUUGCUGUGCCUUGGCGAUUGCCAAUUCGAGCAUAGACGGGUCGAUGUUGGCGCUUUUGACGACUGGCUUCGCCAUGCUUCCCCGGCUUGCUGAGACGGCAG